GUCCCGGCCGCUUUCCAGGGCGUCCGUAAACACACCCAGACUGUCAUGGAGAGGGAGGAGGGGGCGGUGGCGGCGAAGGGAGGCGUUUUGGGCCGCCUCCAGGGUCCGCUCUGCCAUUCCUGAACUGGUCCCUCGUCCCCGUGACUGUGGCAUCAGGGAAGCGAACUGUUAGGCGAGAGGAGGCAGCCAGAACCAUAUCCCCUUCUUCCCCCGGGGCGGGGGCCGGGCCGGGCCAGGCCGGCGGAGCCGGGGAGGGCAAGGGGAGGGAGCGCCUGGCCAGGCUGGCCUGCCUGCCGAGAUGGAUGACAGUAAGGUGGUUGGAGGCAAAGUAAAGAAGCCCGGCAAACGUGGUCGGAAGCCAGCCAAAAUAGACUUGAAGGCAAAACUUGAGAGGAGCCGGCAGAGUGCAAGAGAAUGCCGGGCCAGAAAGAAACUGAGAUAUCAGUAUUUGGAAGAGUUGGUAUCCAGUCGGGAAAGAGCCAUAUGUGCCCUCAGAGAGGAACUGGAAAUGUACAAGCAGUGGUGUAUGGCAAUGGACCAAGGAAAAAUCCCUUCUGAAAUAAAGGCCCUACUCACUGGAGAAGAGCAGAACAAAUCUCAGCAGAAUUCAAGCAGGCACAUGAAAGCUGGGAAAACAGACGCUAACAGCAAUUCCUGGUGAAGAUCAUGUAAAAUGAUAAGUCAGUGAUUGAAGUCAAUAUCCUGAUUCCUAUGAAGGAAGAAUGGGCAAGAUUAUACUUUUUGGCUUCAUUUACUACCUACUGCUCCAUAGUCAUCUCUGUAAAUCUGCAGUUUCUACCAAAUGUGUGAUCAUAGAUCUCAAAGGAUUUUGCUUUAACUUUUAACACUUAGAAAAUUUACAAACAUUCAGACCUGUUCUGGUUGGUAUUGCCAUCCUUGGCAUUUAACAUGUCGCAGUGCUUGAAAACACAGGAGUAGAGAACAAUGGGUAAAGAUUGUAUUUUUGCACCUUAACUCCACAAUGCUUUAUUGGUUAAUUUAUAUUCUUUCCAUGUAGUUGUAUGUGUAUGUGUGUUUAGGUGUCACCUCCUUUCAUGUUUUUGAUUGCCCUGUAAAGAGAAACCAAAUGGGCUGAUUACUGACUAAGUUCUUAGCCUUUAUGGACCUAAUUUUAUUUCUUUAUAUGCACUUGAGUAACGUCUAUUUUCUGCAUGAACCAUGAUUUCUCCUGUGAGCCAUUCCAGCAUAAGCUGUGAAUAUGUAUUAACAAAUAUAUACAUUUCUAUUUUUAUAAUCCAUAAUAUGCCUGUUUUAAAUAAUGUACAUGUUAACUACAUCCAUCAGGAAAGCCCUCAAGACAGUCUCUAUUUAAAACUUUUGUCACUGUCUUCUCAAACUUCAUAAUAAUUUGCAAGAACCUAAUCCAUACUUGGAGAAUAAUUAGUCAGAUUUUAUUUUUAAGCAAGAAAUAACCUUUUAGGCAUUUCAGCCACAUACAUCGCCUUGAUAACCCAGAGUAUAUAUAUAUGUGUUUCUAUUGUAUGUCUAUAUGUGCAUGUGGGGAGGGCAGGAAUGAAUGUUCACACACAUUUCCUUGUGUAGUCAACUAACUUGGAAACUUUUUCUAAAGAGAAUAGACUAAAAUUAGCUGCUGAGAUUGAGUUUCUGCCUCAAGAGAUCUGGAACAAAAUGAGGGACAAAUUGCUGGUAGAUCUAACAGUUGUAGCCACAACCAAAACACUUAGUUUCUUCUCUGACAUGAGUUUCCUAUGAAUGUGUUCUGAGCCAGGAAGAAACACACUGUAGGUGUGCGUCUGGUUCAGCCCCAGCUAUGCCUCCCUCUGGAGUGAAACACUGGAGCUCGAGUACGCACAGCACCCAGCUAGGAGGUGCAGAGGGCGGAGUGUCCUUUCCAGUGCCCAUCGCAGUGACAUUUACAGUCUUCCUGACCACCAAAUGGAGUGAUGGUUGAGGAAUCCAGCUCAUAGUACGAUACACUCAAGUAGAUCUAGGAAUCUUUUGAUUUCCCCAUUGAGACCCUCUCUCUUCUUUCCCAGAGUUAAAUCAGGAGUUGUGUUCCCUGUUGCUGCUAACUUGUCAUUGUCCUUGGCUCUAAUGAAGCAAAUAUUUGACUUCCAAACAAAAUAUGUUUUGUUAUGAAGAGGUAGUUGAAGAGGAGGCAUCAUAUUCUACAUUGUCUGUGAGGUGGAACAGAGAUGGGCCCCAUAGUUUCAGAUAACAGAUGCUUCGUGUUUUGAACACACUGAUUGAUUAGUUCAUCUACAGCUGCUCUGGGUGCUCAGCAAUUUUCACUGUCUUGUUGCUAUGAGACGAGUACUUCUCUGAAAUCGCCAAUGAGACCGUCGUCCGAAGAGGUGGUGGGCUCUGCCUACUAGCCACAGUGCCAUCAAGCGGUCACUCUGCAGAAUAGUUUGACAAAGUCGGCUUGCAUUUCCACUCAUUAGAGCACCGUAAAGCCGGCUCUGUUCCAGUGAAGAUUAGAAGAAAGGGAGACAUUCAAACUCCACCUCAAAGGAUGCAUCCCUACUCCUUCCUGAGUCUGUGGGAACCUGGAUCCAGGCACUUACUCUGGUGAGUUAUUCAUGUUGCAGAACUACCUAGGCAUCUUUUCUGGACCUAUAACAAAACUAAAGCCCCUAAACAGCCAAUAAACCAAGACAAAAAUCUCCAAACUGCCUGGAAAAAAAGAAGUACCCUAACACGACAAGAUGUUCCCUAACCAGCCUCCGGAGCCCCCUUGGCACAUCUGGGACAAUGGAGUAUUCAGCACCACGGACAGCAUUACACCCCCUUCAGUGUUAUAAAGCCUUUUUUUGUCCACUUAACUCUCAGAAUCAAUUUGCCCUAGGAAUAGGAAGCAUGGUACCAUUUAGAACUUACAAAACAAAUGGAAAGAAGGAAUACUCAGCUUCUGAAAUUCAAAAUAGGAGCCAGCCACCACCAGUCAUAAGGACACUCAAGCCAUCUUACGAAGGGGCCCACGUGCGGAACACUAAAGCCUCUCACCAACCAGCACCAACUAGCCACCAGCUGCUUCUCUUAGACAUCAGCUCAUUCUGCUUUACAUUCCAUUACUGGCC